AUGGCUACCCCUAGUGUCCUUACCUUUGAUGCUGAGGGUCGUGCUGUUCACUUUGAGGUCUGGGUCGAUGACCUCCAGCUGUUCCUACAGUGCGAUAGGGCAGACGGACUCUCUCUGUUCGAUCUCACCUCUGGUGUCUCUCCUGCCCCGCCUGCUACUGCUGACAGCACUCUUCGCUCACAGUGGGCCACACGCGAUGCUCAUGCCCGCCUUGCUGUGCGUCGCCACUUACCGACCACUGAGCGUGCACACUUUAGCCAGUACAAGAGUGCUCAGACCUUGUACGACGCUGUAGUUGCACGCUACUCCUCUCCUGCCACUGCUGCGCUUAUCCGCCGCAUGCUGCCGUACCUGGACCACUUCCUCUCAGUUUGCCCCACCACACUCACCGUUGACCUCCUCGAGGAGCGCCUCCUAGCAGCAGAGAAGAGCAUAGUCGCUGUAGGAGCCUCUCGUAGUGACCCUCGCACCCCCGUCUUUGACGACUGUUCCCCCUCCCCUCUCUUGCCCUCUGUUGCUUCUGCUGCUGCGGCCGACCUCGUUGGUUUCGAGUCGGUCGGCGCUGCGUCUGCCCCUAGCGGGAGACGCCGCACUGGCAAGGGCAAGGGGGGCAAGGGCGCUGGAGGGGCUGGCGGGGACGGUGGAGGUGGUGGUGGAGGCAGUGGGGGGGUUGGGGGUGGUGGUGGGAGUGGUGGCGGGGGUGGAGGUGUCAGUGGCAGCAGUGGAGGCGGUGGAGGCGGCGGCGGUGGCGGAGGGAGCGGAGGCGGCGGAGGUGGCGGAGGCGGCGGAGGCGGCGGAGGUGGCGGAGGCGGCGGCGGCAGCGGUGGAGCUGGUCGCGGCUCUGUGCAGAGGAGUUGCUCCGCUGGUGGUCCGCGCCAGCAGCAACAGCGCAGUCGUGAGACCCUGUCCCCUCAGCAGCUUCGUGAGUGGUACGGUGCGCGUCAGCGCGGUGGGGGUACUGGUCCCUGUACCUACGUCCUCCGUACCGACGACCGCGCUGUUGAGCAGUGCGGGGGCCCACACUCCACCCAGCGCUGCUUCGGCCGCCUGACGGACGCGUGGCGUCACCAGUUCCCUGAGGCCUCUGAGAUCCCUCGCUGGGGAGAGCUGUCUAGGGCGGGGGUUGCUAUCUUUGAUCUUGACUAUGAUGCUAUUCUUGCUGCCAUGUAUGCUGUGUCUGGUAGUGUUGAGGGUGAAUGUUACCUGUGUGUUCCGCCUGAUCCGGGCAUUGAGGCUACUGCUCUAGGUUCUGGUGAGGCUGCUGCUCUAGGUGCUAGUGCGUCUGCUGCCCCAGGUGCUGGUGAGUCUGCUCUCUCAGGUACUACGCCGGCUCCGGCCUUACACACCUUCACCCUUGACUCGGGUGCUUCCCGCUCCUUCUUUCGAGACCGCACCACGCUUACGCCAUUUAGUCGGCCGUUUGCAAUCUCCCUGGCGGACCCCUCUGGGGAUCCUGUCCUUGUUAGCUUCUCCACUGUCCUACCGUGCCCGGCAGCCCCCUCUGGCACCCUGUCCGGUCUCUACCUUCCCUCGUUCUCUACGAACUUGACUCUCCUUUGGCACCACCGCCUUGGUCACCCCUCCCUGCCUCGUCUCCGAGGGAUGGCCUCCCGUGUCCUUGUCUCCGGUCUCCCCCGGUCUCUCCCUCCCCUACCUCCGGGGCCUGCCCCUACCUGCGUCCCCUGCGUCGAGGGGCGACAGCGCGCCGCCCCUCACUCCUCCGAGUUUCCUCCGACAGAGGCUCCGCUGCAGACCCUCCACAUGGACGUGUGGGGCCCCGCCCGCGUCCGUGGACAGGGGCACGAGCGUUACUUCCUGUUGGUGGUUGAGGACUACUCGCGUUACACCACAGUCUUCCCCUUGAGCACCAAGGGUGACGUCACUGAGAAAAAUGGGAUUGCUGAGCGGGGCAUUGGCAUGGUCAUGGACGUCGCUCGUACGUCCAUGAUCCAUGCGGCUGCCUCCCAUUUUCAGUGGCCGUUUGCGGUUCAGUACGCAGCGCAUCAGCUCAACCUCCAGCCCCGGGUCUCCUUGCCAGAGAUCUCCCCCACCCUGCGGUGGACCGGGAAGGUUGGCGAUGCGUCUGCGUUUCGGGUCUGGGGAUUUUGGGCGUUUGUUCGCGACUUGUCUGCGGACAAGCUGUCCCCCCGUGCUGUUCCCUGUAUCUUCCUUGGCUUCCCCCCUGACGGGCCUGGGUGGCAGUUUUACCACCCCACCUCGCGCCGUGUUCUGUCCUCCCAGGACAUCACCUUUGACGAGUCGGUGCCUUACUACCGUCUCUUCCCCUACCGCACUGCGCCCCUCCCCCCGCCGUCGCUCUUCCUUGCGCCAGGUCCUCCCCCGGUAGACCCCCUCCCCCCUCAGGGUCCUGCCCUGUCAGGUGUGUCCCAGGUAGACGCAGUCGAGCCUGUCGAGGUAGCUAUUGACUCUGGUGCUGCUAGAGGUGCUGAGCCAGCGGGUGCCGAGUCUGGAGGUGCUGCACCUGAGGGUGCGGAGCCUGGGGGUGCUCAGUCCAGGGGUGCUGAGCCUGGUGGUGCUGAGUCUGGGGGUGCUGAGCCUUGGGGUGCUGAGUUUGGGGUUGCUGAGCCUGGGGGUGCGGAGCGUGGGGGUGCUGGGUCUGCUCGUGUGGCCUCUCGCGAAGCUUUGUCGAGGCGGGAGCCACACUCUCCACAGGAGCAGCGCGAGUGGUUUGCCCGGCGCUGGAGCCGUGCUGCUAGAGCUGGAGGUACUACUGUUGCUGCUGGUCCCGGAGGUACUGCUGGAGCUGCUGGCGAUACUGGAGCUGGAGCUGCUGGGGGUGUUGGCGCUGGUGGUUCUGCUGGCGCGGGUGCUUCUGAGGGUGCUGGAGUUGGCGCUGUUGGAGCUGGAGGUACUGCUGGCGCUGGUGCUGCCGCUGGGGGUACUGGUGCUGUCCCUGCUUGUUCUGGAGGCACUGCGUGGCCGCGACCGUACUUCGUUCCGCUCCUUAAGCAGGUUCUUGGUCUCCCGCCUUCUACUACUCCUGCUCCUCCCUUAGAGUGUCCGCAGCCUGUCCAGCCGCAGUCACAGUUAGAGCCCGCCUCCCCCCUACCUGCUCCUUCUCUCUACAGUGGUCCUAUUGGAGGUCUUACUAAGCGUUCUGAGCCUACGUCUGGUCCUGCGUCGCCUGUUCGUGCUGCUCGCACCAGUCGUCGUGCUCUGCGUCCGCCUCCUCCUACGGUCCCAAGCACACACCAGAUGGCACUGCGUCCUUCCACUGCUCCUCUGCGUGCCCCGUUGCCGUCUCCUCCUGAGUCCUCUCUUCCUGUUCUUGCUGACCCGGAGUCUGACUCUCUUCGUGCUGCCAGUCCUACUGUCACGCGUCUGCUAGCUACUGUUGUCACUGACCCUUCCUUUGAGUCCACUGCUGCGUCUGCCUUAGUGGCUGAGCUUGUCGACUUUGCUGCGCGCUGUCGUCUAGACUACGCCGCUAGUCUUAUUGCUGAGUCUGAGUCUGUCUGUCCUCCGUCCGUCGGGGGUGAGUGUGCUCUUAGCACGGACGUCCUUGAGGACAGGCAGGAGGAGUUCCAGUGUUUUGCUGCUGCUUUGCCUCAUCUCGUGUCCACGCUGAUUGCCCCUAAGGGAGACCCGGAUGCACCAGACAUCCCGACUCCUCGAUCGUACGCUAAGGCGAUCGAGGGUCCCUACUGUCAAAUCAUAAUGUUCUGUAGGCUGUAG